AUGCCGCUUCCUACAAGCUACCGGAACAGCACAUUUGUCCCGAAUUCGCCGGAUGUCACCCAGGACGGUAGUAAAGAUGGCGAUUCAACUAGUUCGUGGAAAACAAAUAACACCACGAGUAAUAAAGUGGGAGUGACACAUUUUAUUCGAAAGAAGCUGAAUUUCAGCGAUGAAACUCUUUGGAAACAGUUCUCUGCUCGCAGACUCGAGUUGAUCUCGUUGAUGAAGUUAAGCGAAAAGAAGGCUAGUGAACAGGAUGAGGAGAUCACCAAGUGCGCCCGUUUAUUACUAAUCGAAUUUCAGUACCCAGAGGAAAACUUGUUGGAUUUUGAUAAACUGGUACGAUGUGCUAUACAAAGUGUUAGAAGAAACAAAAAGCGCUCUUGGAAGAAGGUCGCUGAUGUUCAACCGUCGUCUAAUCCAAAACCUCAAAAGUUUGUGAUAUUUCAACCUUCGGAUGGCCAGCAUGUCCAGGAAGGCUCUUUUAGAGCUUUGGAGCCACCAAGGCUCUCAUCAAAAGACUUCCUUUCUCAAAUUACCAAGCUAAACUCAUCUAGUGAGAAUGAAGGUGAAACACCAUCAUAUUCCAAACUUCAGGAAUUACCGUCAACAUCUAAGCUGGCCAUCAAUUCGCUCAUUACACCCAGUAGAACCAACAAUGGUCAUUCAUCAACCAAAGAUCUUCCUGUAAAAUCUAAUAGCAUAUCUAAUUACAAGUUGGAAAGUAUCAUGGCAAGAAAUCCGGAACAAUCUGAUUUCAGAGUCAAUUUACCCUCAAUAUCGUCAUUACCAUUUGGAGGACACAAUCCUGAGACGAACACACUGGAACUCGAGUCUCUAGCAAAAUUGCUUCAUUUUAUCAAAAAGUCCAAAUCAUGUUUUCAAUUCACUAAAACUUUCCAUGAAACUGUAGAAGAAGACUUUUACAAUCCUGGAAGCUCACAGUCAACCUACAACACAGAAAACAUUGAAGUAGUGGGAGCGGCAGCAAUAAGUUGCUGUUUGGCUUACACUCUGCAAAAAUAUUUUUCCAAUUCGUCUCCCUCGUCGUUAAGUUAUUUACGAAUCAAGUUAUCCAGUGAUUCUGUUCUAUCACGAAUUCUCAAGAACUUGGAUGAUUCUUCGUUAGACGUCAUAAUGUUAGGAGAAUACACUGCUGCACAGCUUCUGAAGAAACUAAUAGGUUGUCUCCUCAAAGACUUUGGGUUUGACGAUAUCCUUCAACCACUCAGCAAUGUAUUCAAAUCAAUAGUGAUCAAAGAUUAUCCUUUGAUAUGCAAACCUAUUCCUAAAAAAUCUAGCAUCCUUCAUACAGAAGAGAAAAGAGAGGAUAUCGUUGUUCAUUUGCGAUACAAGUCUAAAUUUCUCAAGUUUAACUACAUUCAUGAUACAUCUUCAGCACCGACAAUCAUAGAAAUUUUGGACAACGCCAAGACUGGAUUCAACAUUGUUGAUAACAAUAAAUACCUUCAGCUGCGCAAUUAUAAAGAGCCCUCCGAAUUGUUUCACAACGAUUUACAGCUGGAGCUAUUUUUUCAAAGACAAACUGAAGCGGGCAAGGAUAUAGAUAUAGAAGUCUUUGCCUCUGAUAACAAAGAGUUGACGAGCGAGCUUAGCCAAAAUAAAGAUGGAAACACAGCCAAAAUAUUCCCGCCAUUGGAUAUAGAUUCCAAUAAGACACACCAUCUUGUAAAAAAGGAUUCCUUACACUCGUUCAAAGAUUAUCAGGAUAUCAAGAAAACUCAAGAGGAAAGAAAUCAUAAAAAGCAAAAAAUCAUGGUUUUCCAGCCAUUACUAUAA